AUGGCGGCAGUGCUGCUGCAAGUGCUUGAGAGAGCAGAGGUCUCUAAACUGCCAAAAGGAGUUCAGAAUAAACUUGAAAAAUUUCUUGCGGAUCAGCAGUAUGAGAUAGAUUCUUUGAAAGCACACAAGGAGCAGUUCAGGGUUGAUAGUGAACAACAGUUCUUCGAGAAAGUGAAACGACUUGAACAGUGUCAGGAAGAACUUGUGUCCCAUACUCAAGAAUACCUCAAACUGAAGGAGGAGUAUUGCAAGCUCGAUGAGGAACUGAAGAAUACACGCAAUAAGAACAAGGAAUAUGAAAUUACUCAGGAGCGGUUGUCAUUGGAACAGACUCUGCUGUCAAAAGCUAAAGAAGAUCUGGAAGCAGAAAAGCGGGAGCUUGUACGAACACUGGACAGGAGAUCCUUGGAAGUGGAGAAUUCAAAUGGAGAUUUAAGGCUACUCAAUGAUAAACUGAUAGAGGUCAGUGCCUCCAAAAUGGGGCUUCAGAUCAAACUGGAUGAGCUUGAAGCAGCAGAGGUCAACAUAAAGUACAGGGAGAAGCGUAUGGAGCAGGAGAAGGAACUGUUGCAGAGCCAGAUCACCUGGCUGAAUGAGGAGCUGAAGGCCAAGAGUGAAGAACUUUUGUCUCUCUCUCGUCAGAAGGGUAACGAGAUCCUGGAACUCAAAUGUAGCCUGGAGAACAAAGAAGACGAGUUGAACAAACUGCAAGACCGAGCAGCUAGUUUGAAGACCUCCAAUGAAAACUUUCAGAAGCAGGCUGAGGAUAUGAUCAGUAAACUGAAACAAGCCAAGGAGCAGCAAGCCAGUAUGGAGGAGAAGUUUAGAAAUGAGCUUAAUGCCAUCAUGAAGCUCGCCAAUCUAUACAAGGGGGCAGAAGCAGACUCUGAGAAAAAAAGUGAAGAGUUGAUUCGGGCAGUGGAGGAGCUGCAGAAGUUACUGAAGGAUGCUGGAGAAGCAAAUAAGGCCUUAGAGGAGAAGGUACAGGAGAUGGAUGAUGCCAAAGAAAAAACUGCAUCUGAGUUGAAAGAGAGAAUUAAGAGCCUAGAGAAAGAACUGGACAAUGCCAAUGAACUACUAUCAGACAAAUACAGAGGGCCUGCUGGUACAAGCUCAUUGCUGUCAGAGGAGCAGAUUACAACCAUGUCCCCAACAGCAGCUGCUGUUGCCAAGAUAAAACCUGGCAUGAAGCUGACUGAGUUGUAUACAGCAUAUGUUGAGAGCCAGGAGCAGCUGCAAUUGGAGCGCCUGGAGAACAAGCGGGUCAACAAGUAUCUGGAUGACAUAGUGCAGGAAGUGGAGGCCAAGGCCCCCAUCCUCAAACGGCAGAGGGAUGAGCAUGAGCGCAUGCAGAAAUCAGUGGCCAGUCUGUCUGCAAAGCUGGAGCAGGCUUUCAAGGAGGUGCAUCGCCUGCAGAAGGAGGGCGAUGAGGCCAACAAGCGCGCAUCUGUCCUGGAGAGGGACAACCAGAGGUGUGAGCUGCGGCUAGCAGACAUGGCCCAGCAGGUACGUGUCCUGCUGAUUGAACUGGAAGAGGCUCGUGGGAACCAUGUGGCCCAGGAGGAGGAUAUGAGCUCAGCUGACAUCAGCAGUACCUCAGAGGUGAUCAGCCAGCACUUGGUGACCUUCCGCGGCGUGGAGGAGCUACAGCAACAGAACCAGCGCCUCUUAGUGGCCCUCAGGGAGCUCAGCGAUGCCCAAGAGCAAGAGGAGUUUGAGACUACCAGUACCAAGCGCAGUGAACUCAAAGAGAGUCUGGAGAAAGCUCAGGCUGAGCUGGAGGCUCUUAAGGAACAGCGCAUCCAACAGAUGCAACUGACUGAGUCCAUCGUCAGACAGCGAGACAUAUACCGUGUGCUCCUUGCUCAAGCGACCGGAGUCGGCUUCUCUCAACAAGCCGCUGCUCCCGAAGAGUUCUCUCUUACCUCCACGCCUCAACAAUCACCGGCCGCUACUCCCACCACGGCAACGCCCACUGCACGUGUCUCCAUGGUAACAGAGUCUGCAGAGGCAGUGGAGGCCAAGGCAGCUCUACGACAGUUGCAAGAGGUGUUCACCACCUAUAAGAGUGAGCGUGUGGAGAGUGAAAAGGCCCUGACAGAGCAGAAUGACAAGCUGCAGGAGCAGCUCUCUGGCCUCCGUUCCCAGAAUGCCAAAAUAUCCACCCAGCUAGAGUUUGCCUCUAAGAGGUAUGAGAUGUUACAGGACAACGUGGAAGACUACAGGAAGGAGAUUGCCUCCCUCAGAGAGAAAGGACAGAAGAUGGCCACAAGUGCCCAGAAAAAUGAGCAGACCAUCAACACCAUGACACAAGACCUCAGAGCUGCCCAGCAGAAACUCAUCUUGGCCGAGGGUCGUGCUGAAAACCUGCGCAAAGAGAGGGAUAUGUUGAAGCUGGUGGAGGCCAAGCUGACUCAGGAGAAAGAGACCAUCCUGAGCCAACAACGCAGUCAGAACCUGCUACUCACCAACCUCCAGGCCAUCCAGGCCACUCUGGAGCGUUCAGAGACUGAUAUCCAUCAGCGUCUGAACAGCCAAGUGGAGAAGCAGGAGAGGGAGAUCUCCCAGCUGCAGAAGAGGCUCGAGCAGGAGGUUGAACAACGUCACUUCCUCGGCAGAAACCAAGAGAUACAGCUGAUAGACACUAAGAAGCAGCUGGAGACCCAGAUGGCUUUACACCAGAAGACCAGGGAACUGCUGAAUGCAGCACAGCUGGAGAUCACUACUCUCAAGUUGCAGCAGGGCAGCAGUGACACACGCCUGAGCCUGAGCUCCCCCUCCACUCCCACAAUGGGCUUCAGAGGUCCUCAGAGUUCAGAUCAAGACAACGAGGAUCUGCGUGGCCGCCUGCGGCAGGCUGAAACACAGGUUGAAGAGCUUGCAGAGAGUCUGAAAGCAGCUACCUCUGAAAUAGAGCAGUACAGAGCCAUGGCCAAGAGCCUAGAGGAGUCCUUGGAUAAAGAGAAACAGGUUACAGAACAGGUGCGCUCCUCUAUCGAGGCCCUUAUGAGGGAGGCUGAGGAGCAACGUCGACAGUUGGAGCGAAGGCUUCUGGAAGUAGAAAAGGAGAAACAGAAACUAGAGGAGGAGAAGAGAAUGGCCCUGGCCUCUUUGGAGCAGCAGAUGAGCGAAUUGAGGAAGAGUCUGAGCAGUUCCCAAGCUGACCACCAGGAAGCAUUGCAGAGAGUUGCUGAGGCUGAAGCCCAACUGCAGCAGGCUGUUUUGGACAGCCAGGAGCAGGCUAAGCUGGCAGCUGAGGCCCAGAAUGAGUAUGAGCGGGAGAUGAUGUUGCAUGCAGCUGAUGUGGAGGCCCUCCAGGCAGCCAAGGUUCAGGUACAGCAGGCUUCUGAGCACAAGCACCAGCUGGAGGAGAGGAUGCAGAGAGUUAGUGCUCAGCUGCUGGAGACUAAGAUCUCUUGGGAGGAGCAGGAGAAAAUCCUCAAGGAGGAGAUGUCCAAGGUAGAGAGCCGCUGUGAGGAGUUACAGAAGCAGAAUACACUCCUCCAUGAGCAGAUUCAGACGAUGAGCAGCAAGAUGGCUGCCAGCCUGCAACGUGCUGCCAAUGAAAGCCCCAUGAACAUCUUUCUCACAGAGGAGGGGAAAUCCCAAGACCAAGUCCUGGAGAUCCUCAGGUUUGUGCGGCGGGAGAAGGAGAUUGCGGAGUCUCGUUUUGAGGUGGCACAAGGAGAAAGCCUGCGCCAUCGUCUCAGGGUGGAGCACCUGGAGCGAGAACUGAAGGAGCUGCAGAACAGCCUGAAUGCUGAAAGACAGAGGAUGCAGGUAACAGCCAAGACACUGGCUCAGCACGAUGAGCUGAUGAAGAAGACAGAAACAAUGAGUGUCCUGAUGGAGACCAACAAGAUGCUGAGAGAGGAGAAGGAAAGGAUGGAGCAGGAACUCCAGCAAACCCAGGCUAAGGUGCAUAAGCUGGAGUCCGACAUCUUGCCAAUGCAGCAGACCAACUCUGAGCUAAGUGAAAAGAGCGGCAUGCUACAGGCUGAGAAGAUGAUUCUGGAAGAGGAGAUCAAGCGCUGGAAGGCUCGCACACAGCACUUGGUGAGCCAGCAGAAGGACACAGAUCCUGAGGAGUACAAGCGUCUGCAUUCAGAAAAGGAGGCACAUCUCAAACGCAUCCAGACACUCGCUGAAGAGAACGGCAAACUCAAGGCAGAGGUGGCAAGGAGCAGUGGGUCAGUGACCUCCCUGCAGAGACAGGUGCAGGCGUUGCGUGAGAACAUGAGUAAGGUGACUGAGGAGAGGAAUAUCCUAAAGAGGGAGAUGGAGGCAAAGAACCAGGACAUUCAGGAGAAGCUGCGCACCAUCACCCAGGUCAAGAAGAUUGGACGUCGCUACAAGAUGCAGUAUGAUGAGCUCAAGGUGGAACAUGAAAAGAUGGUGGCUGAGGCAACAGCAGGCCCGUCCCAGGAUCAGGAAGCCCGUCAAGCCUCAGUACAAGAGCUGCAGAACCUCAGAGAGUCUCUGGGUCUGGCCGAAACUAGAACCAGAGAGCUGGAGGCACAGCUGGAGAACCUUAAUAAGGUGGUUGGGGAGCGUGAUGCAGAGGUGCGCGGGGCCCAGGAGCAGUCAUCCAGGCUGCAGGUGGAACUUGCCAGGCUUAGGCAGGAGCUGCUGGACAAGGCUUCCCAGGAGGAAUCACUGAGACAGCAGAUGGCCGACAAGGAAGACAAAACCAGGAAGGCAUUUGUGGGUGCCAAGCAGAAGAUCAACCAGCUUACAGCCUCCAAAGACCAGCUGCAGAAGGAGAACGAGGAGCUGAAGCAGCAGCGUGAGGAGCUUGAGGUGCGAGUGAGUGCACUGAAGUCCCAGUACGAGGGCCGUCUGAGCCGACAGGAGAGAGAGCUCCGAGACCUGCGCGGGCAGCAGGAGAGACAGGAGCAGAGGGAUGAGCCCCCCGAGGCAGGACCUAGCAAGACCCAGGAGCAGCAGAGGAGCACAGAGCAGAGACAGAUCAGUCUGAAGAACACUCCAGCCACAGACAGGGGCAGCACCAGUACUUCUGAGCCCCCCACUGCUAACAUUAAGCCAACCCCUCUGGUGGCUACGGCCAGCAAGCAGCCUGUCAACCCAGGGAACAAGCCCACUCCAAGGGCGAGCAUCAGGCCCAUGAUCACUCCAGCUACCGUACCUACCCCAACACCUACUGCUACUGUGAUGCCCACCACACAGGUGGAGACUCAGGAAGCUAUGCAGUCCACUGAAGGCCCACCAGUGGAGCAUGUGACUGUGUACGGUAGUGCCAGUGGCUCAGUGCGCUCCACCAGCCCCAAUGUACAGACCACUCUGGCUAGCCCCAUGCUAACGGUGCAGCAAACCCAGACUCAGGCCACCGCAUUUGUCCAGCCAACACAGCAACAGAGCAUGACCCAUGCAGAGCCAGCCAAUCAGGAGCCGCCACCUGUGGUGAUGGAGGCAACACCCAGCUCACAGGUGGAGAGGCCUUCGACCUCUUCAGCAGUCUUUGGAACAGUUUCAGCUACACCAGGAACCUCCUCCAUAUCCAAACGGUCACGGGAGGAGGAGCAAGAUGGCUCCACCAUGGUCACUGAAACCGAGGCCCCCCAGGAGGACCCCACGGAGCCCCCCAUCCCCAAGAAGUUACGCAUCAUCCAAAGGGUAGGGCUUGAGGAGGAGGUGUUGGUUGAAGAUGACACAGAAGCAGAGGGAGUGGUGCCCACAGAUGCUCAAGAAGGUCCUGAAGUCAGCCAGCAAGAGGAGUUCCCAGUGCUGGAGGAGGGUGAUGAGGAGGGGGCCUCCCAGUCUGUCCCGGUGGACCUCGAGGUCAGCCUGUCCCACACAGAAAUGCCCGACCAGCCACCACAUGAUGUCAUCGUCAUACUAACUGACACAGAGAGUGAGGAUGACCAGGAGGAGGAGGAAGAGGAUGAGGAUGAAGAGGAGCAGGAUUAUGACGAAGAGGAUGAGGAGGAAGAAGAAGAUGAGGAUGACGAUGAGGAUGAGGACGAUGGAGGGAUGGGGGAGGAAGGAGAAGACAGUAAUGAGGAGAGUGGAAAUGGCAACGAGGCCUAUGAGGGAGAUGACACAGAGGGAGCUGAUGUAACGGACCCUGGCACUGAGACAGAGGAGAGCUUGGGGGCGUCUGACUCCACCCAGCGGCCAGCCGAUUCCCAGACACCCAGCUUUGAGGGUAGUAUGAUGGAGGCCUUCUCCACAGAGCAGCCUAUCACAAGCUCUGCCCCACGCAUGCCUCAGUCACCACGAAGACCCACACACCAGCUUCCCCCCCGUCUGAACAUCCACUCUGCCCCGACACAAGAGCUGGGGCCACCCGCUCAGGUGCAGCGUAUCCCCAUUCGCCGCCAGUCAGUAGGCAGAGUUCCUCAGCUCACCCCUGGGAUGGCCGGCAGUGCUCAGCACUUCUUUGACGAUGAUGACAGGAUGGUUCCCAGCACCCCAACUCUGGUGGUGCCCCAUCGCUCAGAUGGCUUUGACCAGGCCAUCCAUUCCCCCCAGGUGGCAGGUGUGCCUCGCUUUAGGUUUGGCCCUCCAGAGGACCUGCCGCAGACUAGCUCCUCCUCCCACUCUGACCUGGGACAGCUUGCAUCGCAAGGAGGUCUGGGUAUGUAUGAAAGCCCUCUUUUCCUAGCAGCACAUGAAGAGGAGUCUGGAGGAAGGAGUGUUCCCACUACACCGCUACAAGUGGCAGCACCAGUAACGGUCUUCUCUGAGGUGGUUCCAUCGGAUGGUACAGAAUAUGCCUCCCAGUCAGUUCCCAUGGUGAGCACAUCCACACCAGGCCUGGUGGUGCAAGGAGGAGCUGGUACAGGGGAUGAGAGAGAUAACGAUUUCCUCGAGACAGAUGCUGACAGGCCCAAUGCUGAGUCAGUGAAUUCCGUCGUGACCCAAGGCGAAAUGGAAGAGCCCAGCCAGCCAGCAGAUGAGACCAGCCUUCCCUCCACCAGUCAGGAACCUUCAUCCAGUUCUGCAGAUACGAGCAGUAAUCAGCCCAAACCGUCUAGACCUGGACCAGGCAGGCAGCUGCAGCGCUGGACCGAGAACCGUAGCAGUCGCAUGAAGAGAGGAGGGCAGGCAUUUCCUUCACGAGGUAUGCAAGGGAGGCGAUUUGCCAGAUAAUGAACUCAUCCAGCAUGUCGACCGUGAUUCAAGAUCUUGAUGCCGUUCCUGACAUUUUAAACACAGUAUGCCAAAGUCUGUGUACA